AUAUGAAUUGUUAAGCUAAUUUGACUUGAACUUCUUCGCGUUUCGUGCUGACAGGAUUUAUCUUUAAGUUAUUUGUUCACUCAUUUAAGUAGUCACACUUCUGAUAAAGAUUGUUUAAAAAAACGUUUGACGAGCAUAUGUUCAGGAAUAAAAAAAAAUCCUAUUCGCAUGCCGAGACACACCAUCUUAGUUUAGAUUAUUACGUUGACAAUCUAUGAUUAAGAAUAUCACAACGGAUAAGACGUGUACAUGUGAAUAUUACAUUGUGAUUAUUUCAAUUUUCGGUUAAAGAUUUAAGAAACAAGCAUGGCGGUACAACAUGAUUUCCUUGUGGAUUUAAAAAACUCAAGCCUAGCAGACGAUAAUUUGUUUGAACUAUUUCACGCAAACGAGGUGUACACAGACGACUUUAACUUCCUUUUACCAGAAGAAAAUGAUUUUCUACUUGAAGACAUGUCACGAACUAUGAAAAUUGUUUUAUGUGUUCUGUAUGGUAUACUUUGUAUAGGUGCCUUUUUCGGGAAUACUUGUAUUUUGAUAGUGAUCAUAGCGAAGCGAUCUUUGAGAACUGUCACCAACACGUUUAUCUUGUCACUUGCUGCAAGUGAUAUUUUGAUUGCCGGAUGGAAUAUGCCGUUACAGCUGAUGUUUCAUUUAAACAAUGAAUGGAGGCUUGGAGAGGUGAUGUGUAAGCUGACAAGUUUCAUACAGGGUGUAGGAAUUAUCACUAGUAUACUUGCUCUGACAGCUAUAGCAGUUGAAAGGUAUCACGUGAUCUGUAAUCCGAUAAAGGCCCGGUACAUAAGAAGCACCAAGUCAGCAGUGCUGAUGAGCGUCACACUCUGGGCGACGGCUAUUCUUGUCAUGCUCCCACAUCUAUGGAUACAGCGUCUACAGGAAAGGUUGUUAUGGCAACAUGAGAAAUAUCCACCAAUACGCAUUGCUCAUCUUUGUGUAGAAUAUUUUCCUAGAUUUUCAUAUAACGUUACCUAUUCGUUUGGAUUCUUUUUUAUUUUUUAUAUUUUGCCUGUUGUGGUAAUGAUGUAUGCAUACGGCAAGAUGGCUAUCGUUCUUUGGUUACGUAAACCAAUCGGAGAACGUCUGACACAAUCGCCGACUAACGACAGAAGGGAACAGCAGAAGAGAAGUAUCGUCAGGAUGCUAAUUGUAAUUGUCGUCUGCUAUAUGAUAUGCUGGCUUCCGUUCUUUGCUGUAAACAUUGUAAUUCUUUUCUGCAAGUUCACAAAGACUGUACGUGCAAUUCAAGCAUUUGCGUUAUUAUUUGGAUAUUCCAAUGCGUUUGUAAAUGCACUGAUUUACUUUUUCUUGAACGCAAAGUUCAAUAAACUCAUUAAAGAAAAACUGGGACAAUUUUGCCAAAGCAGUUCAAGAAUGAGAAAAAUCUCAGGAACGCCAAUACCUCUACUCUCCAACACAACUUGUGUCUAAUUGUUCAAUAAACUUUUAGAAAUAAAAACGACAAAUGGACAGAUAUAACUUUCAAUAUGAACUGUAAUCAGAUUAAACGUGUCAUGUGUUUUUAUGUGCAAUAUAUUAUUUGUUGUAACAAAACUGAAUCAGUGCAGCACUGGGUAUCUGCUCAUCAAGACGUUAUC